AUGGCAGUAAACACGGACAUAAUGCAGGAAAACAUGAUUGCUGUCUCUAUACGCACGAUUCCGGUUGUGGCGGAACCUGCUUGGCUGGCUGCUAGUAAGCUGGGCGUCACAGAAUACUCUUGGUGCAACACUAGCAGCCUCUUCAACCUGUUCCCGAUAAUCACUGAUCGAUUUGCUGUCCGAGCGGCAAAUCCUGGCGAUUUUUACUCUCUGUCUAGUUUGAAGCGCAACCCGCAGCAGUUGCGCUUAGCCGAGAAGGCAGUGGAAGCAUUUGCUUCACUUUCUGUGUCAAGAAUAUCAACAGAAGUCAUUCUUUCCACCGUCAAUCUGACCAGCAGUGCAGCUCAAUCCACUGUGACUGAGAGCGGAAAUAUUAAUGCCACGACAGAUGCUAUCGCUUCUAACCCAAAUACAACAGAAAUCACAACUGCUGGAACUACUACCACUACCACCACAACCACCACAUCCACUACAACCACCACAACCACCACCACCACUACCACCACCACCACCACCACCACCACUACUACCACCACCACCACUACAACAACAAUUUCUCCUGCAUCUCUGUUUCACACGGAUGGUCGAGUUAUUGACGCCACCAAAUAUGGCUCCUGGACUGAGGCCUGUGGUGCAUUGUUUCUGUGGGGGAAAACUGUGGUUGAUUGGCAAACAAAUUACGUAAAAUGCUGUAGUCUGGGGAUGACACCAAUUGCCAUUGAAAACGACGACAAAAGGAAUUGUUUAGAAAAUAUGACCAAGCCAGCAUCUUUGUGGAAGUAUAAUGCCAACUACUGGAGCGCGGCUCUCAAAUCGGUUAAUGGAACGUUCCAAUGGCGUCUGCCAAAUAUGACAAAUUUCAAAUCAACAAUUGACAACACGUCGUUGUAUUGGCUGCGGGGACAGCCAAAUAACUCGGUUGGGAACAACUGUGUUCAUCUGCGAGUCGAUAAAGGCAUCGGCAAAGUAUUUUUAACCAGCAAAAAUUGCACCAAUCUCUACGUUUUCGGAUGCCAAGGACCAACUACCCCUCCACCAGCUUGCUCUGCUCCAAAAUGUCCAGAACUCAACUGUGACAAAAAUGUGUCAUUGUUCAGCACAUACGUUGCAGACGGCGUAACUCUUUACCUUACGAAUGCAAGCAAAUACGGGUUCUGGUACUCAAUCAAUGGAAGAUUCUACCUUUUCAGCUCGGCGAAAAUGACUUGGUUGGAAGCGAUGAAGUCGUGUUGUGCAAUCGGAAUGAAGAUUCUGAGUGUAGAAUUCGACUAUGAAUACAACAAUUUAAUUGAAGCAGCUAAAAAUUCAUCAAAUGCUGAAGGAUCAUUUUGGACCUCUGGAAGCGACGAAGCUUGCGAAGGUAAAUUCGGUUGGUGUGCGGCGAACAAACUGGUCAGAAAACAAGAGGCCGUGUGGUCCCCUGGACAACCAGAUAAUUUCGGAAGAAAAGAAAACUGUCUCAUUCUCGGCUUGAGCAAAACUGGAGCACUUCUGAAUGACGUGGACUGCUCGAACAGUCAAAAGUACAUAUGCGAGGCGCGGGAUACGAGAAAUACCCCGGUCCAUUCAGAUGCAAUAGUUGAAGAAUGCGCUGCGGUGUUCAAUUUAUCAAAAGAAGAGACUCAGGCCAUAUUCAAUAUGACUAAAUUUACUCUUCAAAUAAAGUGCUUUCUAAAAUGUGUUGGGGAAAACGGAGGAUUUAUGUGGGACGGGCAACUUAUUGACGAGAGGGUCAUUUUGCUGGCUGAGAUGUUUGCACAAGAUUCUGACACACGAUUACAAGAAAACAUGGAUGCCAUCUCAACUUGCGGUUCAAAAAGGGGAAUGGAUGAGUGCGACACAGCUGCUUUAAUUUUUCAAUGCGGCCAAGAAACUGCCCCGGAUUUAGUGACCAACUUGAUUAACACGGCGCAACUGGAUACAUCGGCAGAAUCGGUACCACUCCCUAGAAUUGCACCCAAAUGCCUUACUGACUAUGAAUGUGUAAUCAAUCAAACAAUGAGAGAUGACUACAUGAAUGACCGAGCAAUACAAGAUACAGAAAUAUUCACGGCUUGUGGAAAAAAAUACCUCCUUGUUAUAAUAAGCCUUUCUUAUCAAGACGCCUUUUCUCUAUGCUGUAAAUAUGGUCUUAAGAUGGUUUCAAUUGAGACCAUCGAGGAAAUGUAUUGUAUCGACCGUUCAAUAGGAAUGUCAUUAAGAGAUGAUUCGUAUGGUUUCAUCUGGGCAGCGGCGAGCAGACUUGGUGCCUCAGACCGUUUAGACUACAGAUGGUGCACUUCAGGCAGCCGAGUUAAUCUAACGCCUGAACUUCAAGACCGCUACACCAAUCGCAAUCCCUACCUCGAAUGGUUUUUGUACUCAAUUAAAUUGAGACCGAAUGGGUCGAUACCAUUUGCUGCCGUGUCACGAGAACGCCUUGCGAGUAAGCUGAACACCUUAUGCGAACCUUGAACUAAGUUCGAUUUCUUUGGUUCUACACAACUUUUCAAGUAUAUUUUUUUCCAAAACACACACUACAGGUGAUGCGCAUAUUAAUUUUAAGAAACACAGAGGAAAUCUGAAGUGCUUAAAUCCUGAUUGACAGCUUUCAGUCUAAUACAUUUGCGGUUUGAGCUUUAUUUGAGGAAGGUAUUAUGCUUCCCGCGUCUAAGCACAUUUUUAUUUACGUACCAAAGCUAGUUUGAUAGUAGAUGAGAAAUUGAAUAUUCAAAUCAGCUGCUUUAAAAGAGCUGCUCUCAGAUUUCAUUUCUCAGUGUUAAUAGGAGAUUGAUAUUUUAAUUGUUUUGAGUGCUCUACAGAUAACAGAUAUAGUUUAGAUUUGGAUUUUUAUUUGAAGUGGUCAGAUAAAUGUUUGCUUGAAAUAAAUUUUAGUUUUCCCUGACAGCCAGUUGAUUUAAAUGCGUUCCAUUGGAUAUGAUAUACUAGGAACUAGCUUUUUGAUGACGAUGAGAUCUUUUCUUAUUCCUUGGCUGUAACGUUUAGUCGGAAAAAGAUGACGUGCAUUAUAUUUUUAAUUUACGUUAUUUU